AUGGUAUAUAACACGGACACUGUUUCAUGUGACAUAAUUCAUGUGGUGUACACACACUGUACGGACACUGUUUCAUGUGACAUAAUUCAUGUGGUGUACACACACUGUACAUAUUCCAGUGUGUCUUGUGUCUGUAUGGUAUAUAACACGGACACUGUUUCAUGUGACAUAAUUCAUGUGGUGUACACACACUGUACGGACACUGUUUCAUGUGACAUAAUUCAUGUGGUGUACACACACUGUACGGACACUGUUUCAUGUGACAUAAUUCAUGUGGGUAUGGUAUAUAACACGGACACUGUUUCAUGUGACAUAAUUCAUGUGGUGUACACACACUGUACGGACACUGUUUCAUGUGACAUAAUUCAUGUGGUGUACACACACUGUACGGACACUGUUUCAUGUGACAUAAUUCAUGUGGUGUACACACACUGUACGGACACUAAUUCAUGUGACAUAAUUCAUGUGGUGUACACACACUGUACGGACACUGUUUCAUGUGACAUAAUUCAUGUGGUGUACUCACACUGUACAUAUUCCAGUGUGUCUUGUGUCUGUAUGGUAUAUAACACGGACACUGUUUCAUGUGACAUAAUUCAUGUGGUGUACAUACACUGUACGGACACUGUUUCAUGUGACAUAAUUCAUGUGGUGAGCGGACAAUAA